AUGGCUUCUCAAUUCAGGAAGGACGUUCUUAGGGAGGGUGACAAGACCAAUUACCCAAAGAAGGGCGACAGGGUUACCAUGCACUAUACCGGCUGGCUCUAUGAUCCCAGCCAGCCUAAUAACCGAGGCAACAAGUUUGACUCAUCAGUGGACAAAGGUACCCCCUUCGAAGUCCCAAUCGGCGUUGGCAGGGUCAUCCAAGGGUGGGAUCAAGGCGUGCCGCAAAUGUCUCUGGGUGAGAAAGCUGUGCUGACCAUUCCUGGUAACAUGGCUUACGGCGAACGGUAA